GUCUAUGAGACACUAGGGUACCAGUCCUGGAUCGGGCCUUUGAAGGCUUCAAUACUUGUCUUUUUGCUUAUGGUCAGACGGGGUCUGGAAAAUCGUAUACGAUGAUGGGAUUUAGUGAAGAAGCAGGAAUAAUUCCAAGAUUUUGUGAAGAUUUGUUUGCUCGAGUGGCCACAAAGCAGAGCCAAGAGACAGAGCUUGUGGAAGGGGAAGAACAUGAUCACAGGAUAACCAGCCGCAUAAACCUCAUCGAUCUGGCAGGCAGCGAGCGCUGCUCCACAGCGCACACUAGUGGCGAUCGCUUGAAGGAAGGAGUGAGUAUUAACAAGUCCUUGCUCACGCUGGGGAAGGUGAUAUCUGCGCUUUCCGAACAAGCCAACCGGAAGAGAGUUUUUAUCCCCUAUCGUGAAUCUGUUCUGACCUGGCUGUUAAAGGAAAGCCUGGGUGGAAAUUCAAAAACUGCCAUGAUUGCCACGAUCAGUCCCGCUGCCAGCAACAUCGAGGAGACACUGAGCACCCUCAGGUACGCCAGCCAAGCCCGCAUGAUCAUCAGCGUCGCCAAGGUCAACGAAGACGUGAACGCCAAGUUGAUUAGAGGUGAGCACCAUCUGGAAGCUUAUACCAUAAACCACACUGCUUCUCCCAGAAUAUGA